AUGAAAGUUAUCUUAAAGAACCAUUGGGUAGUUAAGCCAGCUGAGGCAACAUGGAAUGGCACUGUCUCCUUAUCAGAAUUUGAUCAAACAUUUGCUGUAACUCAUGUACCAACCAUCUAUUACUAUAAAUUUUUCCAUGAUUUUGUUACUGAUGAAAUCAUCGAAACCCUCAAGACCUCACUGAGCAAAACACUAGUAUACUUCUAUCCAUUAGCUGGCCGUUUGCGUUGGAUCAAUGGGUCCCGGCUUGAGCUAGACUGUGAUGCCUCGGGGGUUGUUCUCACGGAAGCUGAAGCUGAUGCUAAGCUAGAUAAUCUCACCGAUUUCUUGCUAUCACCAGAUUAUAAUAGCUUAUUUCCCCGUGUAGAUUACACUGUACCAAUUGAUGAGCUCCCUUUGUUGUUUGUGCAGCUUACUAAGUUCCAGUGUGGUGGUAUUGCUCUCAGUUUUGCAAUCUCACAUGCUGUUGUUGAUGGACAAAGUGCUCUUUAUUUCUUCUCUGAAUGGGCUAGGCUUGCUCGUGGGGAGCCGUUGAUGUUUGCUCCUUGUCAUGAUCGAAAACUUCUCCGAGCUGGGGAACCUGCAGUUGCAUCUCCUACUUUUGAGCAUUUACAGUUUAAUAUUCCACCACUUUUAAUUGGAAAGUCCAGUACUGAAAACGAGAAGAAAAAAGAAACGAAAGGCGCUAUGUUAAAACUUACUAAACUUCAAGUAGAAAUGUUGAGGGAAAAAGCAAAUCAAGGAAGAAGUAUAGAGGAUAGUAAAGAGCGUAGUUACACGCGUUAUGAAGUUGUGACUGCUCAUAUAUGGAGAUGUGCAUGUAAGGCAAGAGGUCAUAAAUUUGAGCAGCCUACAAAUUUAUGCAUUUGUGUUAACAUACGUAAAAAAAUGGAUCCACCUUUGCCUAAUACCUACUUUGGCAAUGCCAUCGUUGAUGUCAUUGCCACCGGGGCCUCAGGUGACAUUGCCUCGAGCCCAUUGGAGUGUGCUGCUAAAAGGGUUAGGGAAGCUAUUAAUAUGGUGACAAGUGAUUACGCAAACUCAACGAUUAAUUUCUUGAAAAAACAAGAGGAUUUGUCAAUAUAUCAAGAUAUUCAUGCAUUUAGAAACAAGGAGGGUCCUUUCUAUGGGAAUCCUAAUCUUGGUGUGAUAAGUUGGAUAAGUUUGCCAGUAUUGGGGUUGGAUUUUGGAUGGGGCAAAGAGAUACAUAUGAGCCCAGGAAUUCAUGAGUAUGAUGGUGAUUGUGUUAUACUACCAGAGAAUGAAGGGGAUGGAUCUUUGACUGUUGCAAUUGUUCUUCAACUUGCUCAUGUCAAUGCUUUCGAGAAAUUUUUCUAUGAAGAUAUUGAAUGUUGAAAAAAGAGAGUAAAGCUUUAUGAGAAGAAAGGGAAACAAAUCAAGAACAUAUGUAACUUUUCUUGUAAUAAUAACACUAUUACUACCCAUAUAUAGCAAAGUAA